GACAACUCACAAGGGAGGAGUCUCUUAAAAACCACGGAGGGGGAUGAGACGGAGAGAGACAGAGCAGUUGUUCUGAGGAAAGAGACAAUACCCACAAGGGCUUGGAAACAGAGAAACCUAAAGACUGGAAAGUUUAGAAAGACUCAAAAGACAAGUAAAACUUUUCAGAAAAUGAGGGCCUGAGAGGAUAGAAAACAUGGGAAGAAAAGAAUAAACAACCUCACCUGACCACUGCGAGGGAGAUACUGUGGGUCCACUGUGGCCAGAAAGGAGAGUAGAGCUGAAAAAAGGCAAACAAAACCAUUAGAACUCGUACAGAACUACAGCAUUGUGACGACAGCGCUGCAGAAAAAACUUUCUGGAUAGAACUCCACAUCAACUCUGGCUGAAGAGACUGAAGACGGAAAGAUAAGAAAGAAGAAAAUUUGCUACCACACUGACUCCAAUUGAGACCCAUCAUUUAGGCUAUGAGAAUCUGCAAUAAGAACCUUCGCCUUCAAGACAUCACCAUCAUGUACCUCACCGCCCUGGCUGCUCUAAUGGUCAUCUUGGUGGCUUCGUAUCAGGCACCCACCGAUGCCAUCGAAGUGUCCAAUCUCAAAUCGAACCCCUCCAGCCCUCUUCCACCUCUCCCCAUGCCCUUCCGCGUGCCCCUCGACCCACGCAAGGAGCUCCAGCUGGCCUGGAACAUCAGCUACGCCAACCAGGAGAUUUACAUGGAGCUGAGGGUCGUCGACAUCAAACAUGGCGUAGUCCUAGGGAUGUCUGACCGCGGGGAGCUGACCAACGCUGACCUGGUGGUGCUGUGGGACUCUGGAGUUAAUAGCUACUUUGGGGAUGCAUGGAGUGACAGCGAGGGUCACGUUUCACUGGACAGCCAACAAGACUACGAGUUGCUGGAAGCCAAACACAAACCUGAGGGAUUCUACCUGCUUUUCAAGAGACCGUUCAGUACCUGUGAUCCCAGAGACUACCUCAUAGAGGAGGGAACCGUACACAUCAUCUAUGGACUUUUGGAUGAACCACUUGCCUCGCUGGAGCAGCUGAACCUUUCCCGGAUCCACACGGGACUUCAGAGGGUGCUGAUGCUUCGCCCCGACACGCCGCCGACCACCCUGCCUCCGGACGUGAACACGCUGGACGUCGUGGCGCCAAACGUCGUCAUCCCAAAUCAAGAGACCACCUACUGGUGCUUCAUACAGAAGCUGCCUGAAAACAUGCCCAAGAACCACAUUGUUAUGUAUGAGUCAGUGAUAACUCCAGGUAACGAGGCCAUCGUGCAUCACAUGGAGGUGUUCGAAUGUUCCCCGGACAUCCGCGACGUUCCAGAGUACAGCGGCUCCUGCGAUGACAAGAUGAAGCCGGGCAAGCUCAACUUCUGCCGCCAUGUGCUUGCUGCAUGGGCCAUGGGUGCUGAGGCUUUCUACUAUCCUCCCGAUGCAGGGCUGCCUAUGGGCGGACCAGGAUCCUCCAGGUUCCUUCGCCUGGAGGUCCAUUACCACAACCCUCUCCUUAUAUCUGGUCGUCGUGACUCAUCGGGGAUACGGUUGCAUUACACCCCGAGUCUGAGGCGUUACGAUGCAGGGAUCAUAGAGCUGGGCCUCGUUUAUACUCCCGUCAUGGCUAUCCCACCCAAACAAACCACCUUCUACCUCAACGGAUAUUGCACCUCCAAGUGUACCCACACUGCUUUUCCUCCAGGAGGAAUCUAUAUAUUUGCGUCCCAGCUGCACACCCACCUGGCGGGCCGUGGGGUGAGGACGGUUUUGGUGAGGGGAGGCAAAGAGCUGGAGGUGGUGCAGGAGGACCAGCAUUUCAGCACACACUACCAGACGAUCCGAGUUCUAAGGAAAAUGGCGAAUGUUUUACCCGGCGACGUCCUUGUAACAAAGUGUACUUAUAACACAGAAGACAGAAGCAAGCCUACAGUGGGAGGUUUUGGCAUCAUGGAGGAAAUGUGUGUAAACUACGUUCACUACUACCCUCGAACUAAGCUGGAGCUCUGCAAGAGCCACGUCGACCCAGAGUACCUGCAGAAAUACUUCAGCUUCAUUAACAGGUUCCACGGAAACGACCGGUGUGUGUGCGGCGAGGUCGGUGUGACAGAGCAGUAUUCUCAACUACAGUGGGACGAGUUCACCGGAGAAGUGCUGGACUCCCUCUACAACACAGCCCCCAUCUCCAUGCACUGCAACCAGUCCAGUGCACGCCUCUUUCCUGGAGAGUGGGACAAACAGCCUGUACCGGUGGUUACCUCCAUGCUUGAAAAACCUCGCUACCCUUGUGAGGGAGGAGCACAUCCCACCAGCCGACCCCUCACACCCCCGGUCUGAGCGAAGGGGGCAUCGUGGCAUGCUUCAGCCUGGCGAGAGGGCACUUAACCUGGGGAAAGUUAAAGAAGCUCCCGUGAAUUGCAGAAUUUACCGUUGUUUUAUCUGUGUUUGGGGAUAGAUGACAUCCUCUAUUGGGGUUUCUGUCAUUCGCUGUAAUUAUAUAGCCACUGUCUGUGAUGGUAAUCCUACUCAUAUGUCAUGUUUCAAAGCACUGGACAUGUGAAUUGGGAUUGGCAUGUCACAAACUAAAAAAAAAGUGCGAAUGACUAAUUGGUGCUGGCGACAAAAGUGAUUACUUUAAAAAUAAAUGAAUAAUAUUUACUACUCCUUCACAUAAAAUAAAGAAAUAAAAU